CCAGGCUGCGCCCACCCUGCAGCUGGGACAGCAACCCUGGGGAUGGCCCAGCCCUGAUCCAGGCUGGCAAUUCCAGCAGCUUUCCUUCAAUUCCUCCCCAUGGAAAGGCUUUUCACUGCAGGCUGUGCCCCUGGUGCUGUGCCCCUGGUGCUGUGUCCCUGGUGCUGUGUCCUGGUGCUGUGCCCUGGAGCUGUGUCCCUGGUGCUGUGCCCCUGGAGCUGUGUCCCUGGUGCUGUGCCCCUGGAGCUGUGUCCCUGGAGCUGUGUCCCUGGUGCUGUGCCCCUGGUGCUGUGCCCUGGUGCUGUGUCCCUGGUGCUGUGCCCUGGAGCUGUGUCCCUGGUGCUGUGUCCUGGUGCUGUGCCCCUGGUGCUGUGCCCUGGUGCUGUGCCCCUGGUGCUGUGUCCUGGAGCUGUGUCCUGGUGCUGUGUCCCUGGAGCUGUGCCCCUGGAGCUGUGUCCCUGGUGCUGGAUCUGCCAGCGUGGGGCUGGGACAUCCCUGGGAAUGCAAAGCCUGCAUUCCCUGGGGUGCAGGACAGCUGGGAGCUCCAGGAAAGCUCUGGAUGCAGGGAAUGUCCCUUCCUCGUGGCAAGGGGAGAGUGAAAGGGGCAGUGGCUCUGCUGAGGGUGGUGGCACAGCCAGUGGCAUCAGCCAGGUCUCCAAAAAGGGCUCUGCAAAGCUGUUGGGCCCUGGUGCAGGGCCAUGGCUGAGAGGUCUCGCUCCACAGCAGCCUCUCGUGGAUACACUCAAUAAAAAUGGUCACCAGCUCUCCAAGGGAAAAAACCAAAAGGUUUCUGGGUGCCCUGGGAGCACAGCCUGCUGCAGGAGGAGGAUGAGGGAGGAGCUGCUCCCUGCCCUCCCCGAUGGCAGCGUGGCACAGGGCUGGCACAGGCCAGGACACAAACCCAGCUCUCCUGGCACAGCCAAGACACCACUUGGGCAGCAGCACCACGCACCCACAGCCCUGGGGGAGAGAGGGAAUAGCCAGACACCCCUCAGGCUCCCUCUGUGCCCAGAAGCCCUGAAAUGUACAGGAGUUAUUCUAUUUUUUCCUUUUGCUGGACUAAAAUGGACUAAUACCUUUCUGAAAAGCUGUUCUUACCCACUUGGUGGCACACGGUCACGGAGCUGCAGUGACACAGCUCCUCUCAUCCUCCCAUUUCCAUCUUUUUUUCCCUUCUCUGUGAGCCUGGACCAGCUGGAAACUGUCCAGGAGGACAGGACAGGGGCUGUGCCAUGGGCAGAGGACAGAGACUGGAGCAGCAGGGAGGAGGAUGCUGAGCUCCUCACCCCAGCCCCGGUGCUGCACAAUCAGGUGCUGCCUGUAGCUGACAUUACACCCAAAACCCAUUUACCUUUUAAUUCCCACCAUCUAAUUCAGCCUCAGAGCCUUUUUCUUUCCUCCUAA